GAUUCUAUAUGCAUCAACCAGAAGAAUAUAGAGGAGAAAAACAAACAAAUCCCGCUGAUGGAUGAGAUAUACAUCUGGGCGACUCAAGUGUACAUCCGGCUUGGGCAUGGCAAUGCCAAAUCGGACAGAGUUGUGGCAUAUCUUAAAGCCGCCUCGCUAGCCACCAACAACAUAUGCCUUGCGGGCAUACCGUGGAUUAGUGCUCAUACACGAGCAGAUAGCCGGAAGGCCAAGCGGAAGUUCCAGCGGCAUGAGGCUUCUCUUUAUUUCCACUAUAUCUGGGAUAAAUUUUAG